AUGCGCCUGUCUCUGAUUUGCAUAGUAGAUGGUGUUCGGUCAACUUUUGCUGCAAGCAACAGUUCAACAUCAUGCCAUGUAGUGUUUCUACUGGACAUGGAAACUGCUUCCUUUCUGCAAUGGUGCUCUUGGUUACAUCAAAGGCUUCAGACACUUUUGCGUUGGCCGCAGAUUCCCGAGAUCCGACGCCUCAACGCUGGCUAUGUCCAAAAACAACGUGCAGAAGAACUCCAACAGAUCCAUGCAGCGCUGCGCGUCUUGGCACCCAUGGAUUUGUGGCUGUACCAGUACAUCUCGAGGGACUUCAGCAUCCGCCUCAAAGCCCUUGAGGCAGACGAGGACUCCUGUGCUCAGGGGAUCAGCCCUCAGCCUCAGGUGAUCUUCCCGUCAGAGAAGCAGCUUGGUGGCUGCACAAGCUCUCGGGAGCGCAUCGCCUGUGGAGCUGAAGUGUUUGAAGGAGGUUGA